AUGGAAUCUGAUGACAGAUCAUCUCAUCAUAGCUAUGCAGAGCAUCCUGAGUGGCUCUGCACUGAUACAGACGCAUUCGACCUUUUUCAUGAAUACCCUCAUUCAUUUCCAAUAUACAACCCCAAACAUUCAGCCUACUUUGAUGCACUUUGCAACUCCUCAACGUUCCAGCAUGUUGAUGGGGACACCAAUUAUGAACAGCCAUGGUAUGCUGGCUUCGGACAAUCACUCAAGGCAGUCCACCAUGACUACUUUGCACCAUUCCUUAAUGCCACUGUUUUUCAGCUCAUGACAUGGUUUUACAACUUGUCGAUCUCGAAAUCACUGCAAGAUCUCAAUCGUUUAGUCAACGAUGUCAUUUUAGCGGAUGAUUUCUGCCAAGAGGAUUUGCUAGAUUUUAAUGCAUCUAGGGAGGCAUCACGUCUUGAGAAGGCCCAACAUGACCCUGUGUCCUCAAUAUUCUCCUCCGAUGGAUGGCACGAGACCUCAGUGAAGAUCCGACUUCUGUGUGAAAAAGAGAAGUUCUCUUCUGAAGAUUGUGCGCCUGAAUUUGAAGUUAAUGGGCUUUAUUACCGCAAGCCAUUGGAAGUGCUCAAAUCUGCAUACCAGGAGGUUGCAGCGAAGACAUUUCACACAAAGCCAUACAAACUAUUCUGGCAGCCUGACGACGACAAACCUCCAGAGAGGAUCAUUACCGAGCUGUAUACGUCUGACGCCAUGCUUCAAGAGCAUGAGAAACUCAACUCGCAGCCAAAUGAGCCAGGCUGUAACCUGGAAACUGUCAUUGGUGCGAUCAUGCACUGGUCGGACUCUACUCAUCUAGCAAGUUUCGGGAAUGCUUCUCUGUGGCUGAUAUACUUGUUUAUUGGCAAUCAGUCAAAGUAUAUUCACGGCAAGCCAACAUCAUUUGCAGCACAUCAUCUUGCAUAUAUUCCAAAGGUCUGUCCUUACUAUUUGAACUCGAGACACGAACUAAUUAUGUGUAUAGCUAUCAGAUACCAUCCAAGACUUCUACAAGAAGACUUUUGGUCGUAG